AUGAUCAAGCGUGCCCUGCCAGUCCCCGCACCAUGCUACACUCCCUAUCCUGGUGCUGAGCCCAUACCCGACUGUGUAUGGGAAUGCUGCAGAUGCCGUAGGAGAUGGCACACAAAAGAGAUGGGCAAUAUAUGUAUCGGAUGCAGCCAUACAUACUCAGUCGACUGUUGUCAUCUUGCUCAGUAG